AUGCGAUAUUUUGAUGUUCGACGUUUAUUUGCUCCACAUCUAUGCAUUCUGUUAUUUUACGUAUAUAAUAUUGCUGGUACUGCAAUACCAUUUUCUUUUGUUACUUUUACGGUCCAUCGAUUUUGUUGCAUUGUGUAUCAUACAAAUCUUUUCUUCAAAACAAAACGAUGGGUAGCAAUAUGUAUCGUAGGUCAAUGGAUAGGUGAAUUUGUGAUUUCGUUGCCAUUUAUUUAUAGACGAGGAUCAUAUUGUUCUAAUGAAUUAUGGAUGCAAAUUUAUACGUGUACGAUGGCAACAUUUUUACCAUCAUUGAUCAAUACUGUUUUAAAUAUUCAAAUAUUUGCUUAUGUACGUUCUUCUUCUCAACGUAUUCAACCUCAAGUUAAUGUUAUACCGACAAAUGAUAGAUGGGUUCCUGUUUAUUUAACUAUAAUUAUCAGUUAUUUUGUCCAUAUUGAUAUAAUUAUUCUUACGGGUACUGCAAUAGUUGGUCAACUAUGUAUAUUAAGUAUUAUUAUAAAUUUGUUCAAAUACAAUCAUACACUGAGAGAAUAUUUAAUAAAUAAAAUUCGACAAUGCAUUGGACUAUGAUAACACAUUAUAUUCACACGAGAAAGAAAAUUAUAUUAUUGAAUGUUGUCGUUUGUAGAUCUUUCUUAAUAGAUAUGUUUUCUAUUAAAAUAAACCAAUGUUUUCUAUUAAAAUAAACCAAUGUUUUACAUGUUGUCAUCAAGAUCUGUGUUUUUUGUUUCUUUCUGUGAAACAAAUGAUUGAAUUGAAAUAGCAAGACAUAAGAAAAGAAAAUGGCUUAAACUCUUCAUUUGCGAUCUGUUGAAUAAAUUUUAUAAUACGCUUUGAAUAUAAUUUCAUAUACUAUUUGUGAGAGAAUCCGUCGGCAUUCAUUUCCUGUGUUUAUAAUUGAACAGUCUAGCUUGCUCUUCCACUUCCGUGUUUCUCUUGGCGAAAAAUUAUUAAGCAUACAAUUACUUCAUCAAAAUGAUUCAUAUUUUAUACAUAGUAUUGUUAUUCAGUAAAAUAUUUAAUCAGCAUUAGCUUUAUUUUUCUUUGUAGAUUCAUUUAUGAUGUUACUCAUUUGUCAUUUUUAUCAUCUAAUCAACAUAUUUAUAGUAAGUAUGUGUUGGUUGAGAUAAGUUACAUACAAUUUCACCAUUGCACACUAUGGGUGUGGAUGUGUGUGGAUAUGGAUUUAGAUCUUCAUGUAAACGAGACUCACACCGAGACUCACACCCCACCCACACCCCACCCACACUCACACCCAACUGAAACAAUUCUGAAUAUUCUUCUAUAGAACUAAUGAGUUCCGCAAAUCUAACCAAUUUUUAAUUCUAUGGAAAACAAUAUUUCCAUAUAAGAAUAAAAUUUGUAAUAUCGAUCAAUAGCUUACAUGUAUAGAUCAGAAGUAUUCAACUUAAUUAUAUGACAAUAACCUAAUAAUUUAUCAAUUGUUAGAGCUUUAUAAUCAUGACAUCAAUUUAUUGAAGAUUCGACAAGUAUUCGUUGAAGUCAUUGAUGUCUAUGUCUUCGGACUAUUAUAGAGCCUUUAGUGUAGGCCAUUUUUCAGGGUAUUGAGAUCUUCAAUUUUAUAUGGUUGAUUGCAUCUUGAAAAGCUCUACAAGAUAAGAUACCCAACCAACCAUUCGAUAGGUAUUUCAACGCGUCGAUUUUGACUUCCGUUGGGCAUCGAAAUUUCAAAUCGACUCCUGGGAGUGCCAUUUUCCGAUGGAUUGAGGGCUCGGCGAUGGGUUGUUUUUACUAGCAGUUUUCAACCACUCGAAUAGCCAUUUCCGAUGGAUCGGAAUUUCAUCGAAAAAAAGAAUUUUUAUCCAAUAGAUGUCUCAAUUUCGAGUUAUUCCCACCCAUCGAAAAUAGAUUUCGGGUCGUCGAGUCCUAUCAAACAUACGCGAUGGACUAGAUUUGAACAUAGAUACUUACAAUUUACUUGCGUCGAACCAUUGAUCUAAAUAUGAACUAGUAUUCGUAUAUCAAAACGACCUUUUUAGUUCAUAAGAAGAUAGUACUUAUGCUUUUUGUUUUUAUUUUUUGUCCAGAGAGAAAAAUUCCUUUUAAAUAUUAGAAAUAAUAUUUUUCACCUAGAAAAAGGAUUAUUUUUGGAACACUAAAAAUUGUGUUUUUUAUCGAGAAAAGUUUUUUUAUCAUGAAAAAGAUUUCAUCAAGAAGGAAAAGUUUUUAUAUCUCUGUAAGUGACAGAAGAACUUUUUUUUUAUUUAAGAUUCCGUAUAAGUCACUUAUUGAAUAAAUAUGACGUGCAAUAUGUGAUAAAUCGACCAAUUUGCACGUGAAAGCAUGAGGCCAAUAUUUAGUAAUUUUUUAAAAAUUCACAGCGUGGAUAUUCCUUAUAACUAUGUCUUAGUAAAAAAAGCAGGCGAAUUUUAGUUUUAGUUUCAAUUGGUGGACGAUCAAUUUUGAUCAGAAAAUUUCGAAAUUAAGGUGAAUUAUGAAGCAAACUCGAAUAAUAUUACUAAAGUUAUUGAAUAAAAAUAAAGAAUAUUCUAAAAUCGGAUUUUGAAGUUUCACCUGAUCAAGAUUAUGGACUCCUCUGUCGAAACUGUUAUGAUGAUCGGUUUUACUCUUUUGAAGCACUCAAAAUGAUUCUUUCAAUAUGUUAGAGGAGUCGAUAGUAUUAUUUCGAUAGGUGACUUCUCUCGGAGUACUCGAAACUUCGAUGAGUACUGAGGCGUCGAAAUAUAUACGACGAGUCGAAAAUAAGUCGUCGAUAGGACGUAGUGUCCGAGUCCUCGAAAUUCGAUGGGUGCCGAGGGGAUCGAAAUUGAAACAGAACGAACAAAACAUAUAUAUAUAUCAAAUUUUCGACCGCUCGUCGCACCCAUCGUAUGCUUUUUUUUGUUUGCUUGGGUUAAUCAUAAUUGAAAUUAUCCGAAGGUCAAAACUAAGAAAAAUACGCACUUUUUACACUUAAAUUUUUCAUUGACUUUGACCUUCUGGAUCAUAUAACUUCAAACUUCAACAACAAAUACAUUUAAUAACUCAUAGUAUUUUGUAGGACAACUCACGGGCUAUCAAAUAAAACUUUAACGGACUCGAUCAUUUUAGCUAUUUCGGGAGAAAUAUUAAAAUACGGAUUACUCUAAAUUUGGGUCCAAUGACAUCAUGAUCAGAAGGAUAAAAAACAGUCUGUCUGGGCUAAAAUCUUCUUACGACGAUUUUAAAUCGAAAAAAUUUGGAUUUACUCAUAAAAAUGAAUGCUCUUUCGGACUGGGUAGGUAAAAUCGAAAGAAACUCUGCUCUUGGUCGCAGUGUUUGGUGGUCUAGCGGAACCUCUCUUAAAAGUGGAUCUUUUUCAUUUCGUUUCAUAUGGGUUGAACAGAGACAGAAUGCCUGUGACAGACAGUAGCGUUCAUCAUUCAUUUGGUUUUUUCCUAUUCAAGAUUGAAAUGAAAUAUUUUGACUUUAGAGAACUAGUAUAGGAAUGGAUAUUCAAAAAAAUUAAGUCCUGCUCAUAUAUACUACAAUCAGGUUUUUCGUUAGAAUGUUUGGUAUUUCGGAAGCUACAACACAGAGUCGAGUUAUAGUUUCUCAAUACAGUCUUAGUAAUUGGAUCUGCUUUUCUUUAAAACAAACUAUUGU